CAACUUUUACACCAUAACAGUCCCAGUUCAAGAUUUCGGUCACACAUCCAAUUCCUACCUACCUUCACCAUGCCGACACCUACUCUUUCCGGGACAACGCUCGUCAAUCUAGGACCCUUAACAACAAUAUGGACGGCCCCAGCAUCAUGCGCAACCUCAGUCCCAACCCCAGCCCUAGCUCGCAGAUUUGACCCCGGCGUGGCAUACUGGCAAGAAACCUGCCAAGUCGACCGCGACCCCUUCGACGACUGCAUGCCCUCCGGCAGUGCGAUGAACUUGGAAUACCACUCACGCCGAACCUCUACCCAGCGAUUCCUCCUCCAUUUCUCCCCGGGCAGCCAGUGCCCUUCCGGAUGGGUGACCGCAGGCUACGGCGUCCGCAACGAGAUGUCGUCGCACUCGUUGAGCGGCGUCUUUGCGGACCCGACGUUGACAAUCGACGCCGGGACGACGACGUCUGUUGCGUCGGAGAUUAAGCCCACGUUUGAGUUGGCGGCGAAUUUGUUCAUGUCUGCGAUGGAGCCUUCGGAGACUGUGAUCGCAUGUUGUCCGAGUGGUUAUACUGCGGGAUUCUAUGGGAACUGCUACUCUUCGACCGCCAGAGAGGCUUACACGGCCAUAACAGGUUGUAAGUUGUACAACGUAAACGAUGUGGAAGUAGUAGACCGCACGUAUACUUUCCACGGGAGAGUCGUUACAGGCAGCUCCAUAUCGAUCAAAGGCUCAGUCGUUUCGUUGCAGCCGAGGACAGUAACGAUUGAGGCGAAGGAGAGCACGAGUUACGUUGGCGCGUUGAUCACGCCUGGAAUUACGCUUGUGAAUAAGGGGUCGUCUGGGGAUGUAGUUCAGACCUCGGCUGCUGCUUCUGGAGGGGGCUCGUCGCCGGUCCCGACUGAGAUGCCCAGCUCUGCAGUUCCCUCCAGGGCCGCUGGCUCGUCUGUGGUUAACGGUGUUGUGAUAGCUGUUUGGGGAGUUGCGAUGAUGGCGGGUGUCGCUCUCAUAGUGCCUCUUUAAUAUUAACAAGUCCUCCAGUUCCAUAACUCCGUCUCUCUCUCUCACUCUCAUAUGAUAAUGCAUA